AUGUUUCCGUUUUUUCUGCGCCUCAAACUCGAUGGUUUUGGCAAAGGGGAGACGCUGUCUCUGUUUGCCAUAACGAUUGCGGUAGUUCUGUCACUGCGGUUUACUGUGCAGUUAUACCAAGCAAGAAUGAAAUUCAGAAGACUUCAGUCUCGAGGCAUACCAAUCUUGCCUCACUCGUUCUUAUUGGGACAUUUUCUCAUUGUAAUCCAAUUCUACAGAGAUUGGGCCUUUGACGCCAACUUUAUCCAGACAUUUGGCUUCUACAUCAUCAAAUACUGGCCGAAAUUCUUCCCAAAUGAGAAACAAUGUCCCCCAGUCAUUUACCUUGAUGUAUGGCCUGUUGCUAGACCGAUGGCAUUUUCCCUACAGGCCUAUGUGUCCAAUCAAAUGGAGAUUGGGAGCAGUUUGCCAAAGUCCCCUAUGCAAGGAGAGUUCCUGAACCCAAUUUCGAAUGGGAGGGACCUCAAUUGCAUGCACGGGGAGGAGUGGCACAUGUGGCGCUCGAGAUUCAACCCCGGAUUCAGUCGAACCAACAUCAGAACAUGGAUACCUGCUAUUAUCGAGGAGGUUGACACGUUUGCGAAUGUGCUCAGAAGCCUUUCCGGUGGUGAUGGUCAAUGGGGUCAGGUUUUCCCCUUUGAGCAGAUAUCUAGCAACUUGGCCUUUGAUGUUACAGGAAGGGUGGUUCUCGACACCCGGCUCAACUCUCAAUCGCUUUAUCCCUCUCCUUUCACCAUCGCUUACCGUGAGCAACUGAGCCGCAUGGAGAUUACUCUGAGCCCUCGCAAGCUUCUUUGGAGGAUUACCCCGUUGUUCAAAAUGAUUGUAAGACGUAAGAGAAACCAGCUCUUCAAACAUCUUCGACCGUUUAUCACAAAGGUCGAAGAGUACACUGGCGAGCCUGGAGUCAACGGAACCGACCCCAAUACCCCGGACGAAGCCUUCAUCGAACAGGUCUUCUACCAGCUCAUGAUAUUCUUCUUUGGCGGUGAUGAUGCAUUGUCCAUCACAAUUCCCCGUGUAUUCAGACAACUCCAAUUAAACCCCGAAUGUGUGGCGAAAUUGCAGGCUGAACAUGACGCGGCUCUUGGCUCCGAUCCAAGCCUUGCUGCAGAAAAGAUCCGGGAAGCGCCUCAUAUCCUGGACUCGUUACAGUAUACCCUAGGAGUGAUCAAGGAGACACUGCGCAUGAAUCCAGCAACGAUCACAAUCCGGGAAGGUCAGCCUUCAUUCAACCUGAAAAUAAACGGCGAGGAUGAGCCAUGGCCGACGGAUGGGUUCGAUCUUUUUGACAGCUCUAUCACCAUUCAUCAUGAUCCAGCCAACUUCGUCGACCCGCUCAAAUUCAUCCCGGAGCGCUUCUCCGCCCUAGCAGGCGACAAGUUGCAUCCGGCGAAAAACAUAUGGCGUGGGUUCCAACUUGGACCUAGGAAAUGUAUUGGGCAGGAACUGGCAGUCGUCGUGAUGAAGUUGGUGUUGGUCUUUACUGUCCGUAGUUUUGAUAUUGAGAUGGCUUGGGAUAAAUGGGAUAAGGUGCGGGAGAUGCAGGGCUUAAAAGUGGACCGUCAGACUGUGGAGGGUGAACGAAUGUAUACCACUGGGAAAGCGACAUCGCACCCAAAGGAUGGUGCACCGAUGCACGUACGGAUGCGGAAAUCUGACAAGAAACAAUAG